CUGUGGAGCAGACAGGUACACAAGUCGAGCCAGUGUUUCCAAAGGACAUUCGUGAUAUAUGACUAAGACAGGAGAAACAUUAAAUAAAAGCUACAAGGAAAGUAAAACCGUGAACUCUGGGAAACCAGAAAAAAAAGAAAAAAGCAUACUGAGAUUGCAGUGAGUGGUGGGUAGUGUUUGACUAGCCAAGCAUUGUCACAGAACAAAUCUUAGUUCUUCACAACAACCGCACCUGUGUUGAGGUGUCUGUCACACCGGUGAAGCAUCAAGAACACGACGGACGAACUAGACACGCACUCACUUCAUUUUUGAAAACUGCAGUACUACCUACACCUGAAGAACUCCAACUUAAUACAGAUGGCACGCAAGAUCAGGAGAGUGAGCGGGGAAGCGGUGGGCGAGGUGCACGGGGCGAGGAGGGUCCAUCGAGCUGGAUCAAGGAGAUGUAUUUUCUGUGACAGUCACCAUGCUACUGGAACCACCGAGACGUCGAACACAACCAAUGAACCAGUCAACAUCGGGGUAAUGUCAUCUGCUAUCGAUAUCUACAAUUCAUAUAACGCCAUUAUGAGAAACGACACAACUGUAACAAUGAUGACCUUCUCUGUGCCUCAACACACUCAAGUGAAUCUCUCUGUGGAAGAAGAUAACCUCCCUCCCACCAUGUACCGGAUCCAUGCCGUCACUCUCAGCCCAACAGGUCUGAAUAAUGCGGACGGCACACCCCGGUCACAUGACUUCAGCACUGGUGACCAAGGACAGCUGCACACCGUCCUGAUGACUAUCCGUUGCAGCGCCAACACGACUCUUCCAUAACAUGAUGAAUGGACUGUAGCCCUGGGCGUCGGAGCAGCUCCUUGAGGGCAUGCAGGACUGCCGGCGAGGGGUUUGGGAAGUGACGAGACGGGAUGAACAGCUUGAAGGCUGACGAAACAUCACUGCGUGAAAAACAUCUUCGAGAAUCAUGGUCAUGGAGCAGCUCAAAAUGGAUACCAAAUUAGCACGACCACAACGACCCCUCUUCACACUUCAUUCUAUCAGUAUUACAUAACAACUUUCUGCAGUGCAGUAUUUUAUAUUUUCAUAAUUUACAUGUAAAUAAAACAUUUAAUUUGCCAAGAGUGAAUUUUCUCUUUAUCACACACACACACACACACACACACACACACACACACACACACACACACACACACACAUAACCUUUUCAGUCUGGCCACAGCAGCUUCAAGCCAUGCAGAGAUCAAGCAUAACAUUCUGCCACUCCAUCCCGUAGACUGUCAUCGUGUGGGCCUUCACAAACUUUAUCGAAACAGUUGAGAUCUUUGCCAUCAUAUCCACCAGUUACUGCUACUCCUACUACUACUACUACUACUACUACUACUAUUACUACUACUACUACUUCUACUACUACUACUACUACUACUACUAUUACUACUACUACUACUACUACUACUACUACCACUACUACUACUACUACUACUAUAAUACCAUUAUAAUACCACAACUGUCACUACAUAUUACUACUGCUGCUGCUGCUGCUACUACUACUACUGCUACUACUACUACUACUACUACUACUACUACUACUACUACUACUACUACUACUACUACUACUACUACUACUACUUUUUUAUGUAGGAGGGACACCAGACAAGGGCAACAGAAAUCCAAUAAAAAAAAAAAAGACUCACUGAGAUGCCUGUCCCCGAAUAGGGUCAAAAGCGGUAGUCAAAAACUGAAUGAUUGAAACCUCCCUCUUGAAGGAGUUCAAGUCAUAGGAAAGUGGAAAUACAGAAGCAGGUAGGGAGUUCCAGAGUUUACCAGAGAAAGGGAUGAAUGAUUGAGAAUACUGGUUAAUUCUUACAUUAGAGAGGUGGUCAGAAUAGGGGUGAGAGAAAGAAGAAGGUCUUGUGCAACGAGGCCUCGGGAGGAGGGGAGGCAUGCAGUUAGCAAGAUCAGAAGAGCAGUUAGCAUGAAAAUAGCGGUAGGAGAUAGCAAGAUAUGCAACAUUGCGGCGAUGAGAAAAAGGCUGAAGACAGUCAAUUAGAGGAGAGGAGUUGAUGAAAGGAAAAGCUUUUGAUCCCACCCUGUGUAGAAGAGUGAUAUGAGUGGAACUUCCCCAGACAUUUGAAACAUACUCCAUACAUGGACGGAUAAGGCCCCAGUACAGAGUUAGCAGCUUGGGGGGAUGAGAAGGACUGGAGGAGACGUCUCAGAACACCCAACUUCAUAGAAACUGUUUUAGCUAGAGAUGAGAUGUGAAGUUUCCAGUUUAGAUUAUAUGUAAAGGACAGACCGAGGAUGUUCAUUGCAGAAAAGAGGGACAGUUGAGUGUCAUUGAAGAGGGGAUAGUUACUACUAUAAUACCAUUAUGAUACCAACACUGUCACUACAUACUACUACUGCUACUACUACAACUACUACUAUUACUACUACUACUACUACUACUACUACUACUACUACUACUACUACUACUAUUAUACCAUUAUAAUACCACCAAUCACUGCAUAUUACAUACUACAUACUACUACUACAACAACAACAACAACUACUACUACUACUACUACUACUACUACUACUACUACUACUACUACUACUACUACUACUACUACUACUACUACUACUACUGGAACUAGAUUUCAUAUCCCAUAAUGUUUGGGAAAUACUACGUUUGGGAUACUACGUGUGGAAAUAAAAAAAAUAAUAAUGAUAAUAAUGACAAGAAUGGGGGUACGAUUUAGUACUAUUCUAUUCCAGUUACAAUGUAAAACUGUUCCAAUACAAAGUAUAUGUAUAUUAGGAGAAAAAAAAAAAGACUGUAAAAUUGUCAUUAUUUAUUCGAAAUCUUAAGUUAUCAUGCAAGACUGAUGUCACUCACAUAGACAUUACAUAAUAAAGAAACCAAUGUAACAUCAUACUCAGCGGUGAAAUAGAAGUAAAGUAUAUUGCACGGUUAUUGUGUGUGUGUGCGUGUGUGUGUGUGUGUAUUGAGAAGAAAGAGAGAGAGAGAGAGAGAGAGAGAGAGAGAGAGAGAGAGAGAGAGAGAGAGAGAGAGAGAGAGAGAGAGAGAGAGAGAGAGAGAGAAA